UGUAACAAGACGACAAGUGAGAAUGACUGAAUGGGACCCUGUCAUGCCAAGCUCAAUCACUGAAAAUGAAUGAUGCAGUGAAUAAUUAUAUACCAUUUCCGGGUACAAAAAGUAUCCGAUUCUAAGAAAUUUGCGUCGCAAAUUUGGCCAGAUAUGAUGAGGAGGGGACAGUGUGGCCAGAAUGGAUGACCUAAGGUGGCGUUCUGGUUGGAUUCUGCUGGUGGUUUUGGUCCACAAUGGGGUUAAUUUGGCCGAAUGCCGUCCGGUCGAAUCGAAGGAAGGCGACUCGUUUGCGUCGGCGGGUUUGUUGACAAAAGACACGAAAUUGACGCACAACUUGGUGUUGGGGUUACUGGUUACCGCAGCUACCCUCAUCAGUCUCAUGAUUGCGCUGAUGCUGUGCGCGUGCGACAGCAUGCCAGAAAGGAAUGAUCAAAUAGAAGUUGCCACUGACAAUGGCGAAGUCGCAGUAGUGGACGAUGGAGUACCGGCGAGUCCGUCUCCAGACGCCCUUACGGCUCCAGUCCCAGACCCCGCACUAGCAGUCCCAGCCGACAGUGCUCCCAAGAUGCGCACGGCAUCCGCUUCCUCCAACAACCCCGGCCACUCCGACGACCCCCUCAUCCGUUGCUCCACCAUCGACCGCCGGCUCCCCGAGCUGCCCCCUACCCCUAUGCCGCCGGUCACGCCCACAAAUGAAGAUGAGGAGGAUGAUUAUAACCGGACUUAUGACGUCAUUGGAGAGACGAAAACCAACGCCGGUGCGACGAAAGAUGACAAGAAGCAGGAAAGCUUUCCCGAGGACGAAGUCGAAGACGAGCAGUAUGCCUCGGUGAGCGACAGUGCUGCCGGGAAGCAGAACCGCGGGGUCAAAGCGGAACCCACGGCAGAUGCCGACUACAACAGCAUCAGUGUCACGAACAGUGGCGUUGGGAAUGCAGAGGAAGGCGACGAGCCUUACGCUGUUGUGGUGGUGCCCGGUGCGGAGGCCAAAGAUGUGGAGAACGCAAACUACGCCAGCGUCGGUACUGACAAAGAGGAGAAGGAAGGCUACUCGCGGCUGCGCAGCAUCCAGAAGCGCACCAGAGAGGAGUCGCCAGAGGGCGGGGAGAAGAAUGGCUACGCCCGCCUGCGAGACAUCGCCGUGGACGGUUCUACUGCAAGCGGAGCUGUGGGCGGGGCCAUGGGUGGGGCCAUGGGUGGGGCCGUGGUUAAAGAGGAGGAUGAAGAGGUGCCGCCUGUGCCGUAUAAACCACCUGACCUCCAGAAUGAGGAUGAAGAAAACUCACCGAUUCCAAGGACUCCCAGUGUGGGAACUGCAGCUGGUGCUACUGUGAAUGGUAUCACUGUUAACAUUGAUGGAAAUGCACCAGCAACAAAGAAGAAAGAACCGCCAUACACACAGGUGUCGGCCAGGGAGAGUUUGGAGGUGGUCCGAGCACGGCAACAGGCUGAGCAGAGCGCCCGCCAGGCCGCCCAUUACCAAACCAUUGAAGAAGACCAGAACCUAGACGCCGACCAUGACGGCAUCUAUGAACCUGUGGAUGACCAACAGCUGGACGGCCAGAUGGUGUUGUCUCCACCUCCCCUGCCUGGGGAUAGACAGGGGACCACCAACGGACCCUCAGCCAGCAACAACUGGCAGAUGACGAGGGCUCCCCGUGUCUACGAAGAAAUCACCGACGAGACUAGGCCCAGGCCGCCCAACAUGCUGGCAGCUGCUGCAAACGCACAAGCAGAAAAUGAUGACGACAUUGAACCCUAUGCUGUCACGGAGAAGCGACCCAACCCAGCCGACAUUCCCACGUACUCAGUCGUGGACAAGAAAUCUAAAGUCCACUACGCAAAAGUCAACAAGGCCGCCACGAACCCGGAUCAAGCCAACAACAACGCAAGGACAGAAGUCAGGUCACCAGACCCCGGGUCGUCGUCUCCAGUGCCAACGGACGAGGCAGGCCUGCCGCUGUAUGCCGUGGUGGAGAAGAAGGGUAGAAGUAAAGAGUCCGAGACGAAGGAGGACGCAGCGGAGUAUGCGUGGGACGACCUGACAGCAUCUACGAAGCCCCAGGAGGACGCGUACCAAGCGGUGGAGGAUAACUACCAAACUGUGGGCGACAUGCCAGGGACUAACGGUGACUUAAGUGCCGCGGCCGUCGCUGGCGGUAUGGUCCAUGUCAGCCAGCGCGAUCCCCCCAACGACCUCUGGACCAAGAAGGAGCACAUGUACAUUGACGUGGAGACCAACCAACCGAGCACGCCGCCGGCUGGAGCCGAGCAGAGGUCCCCGGCCGGCCCACGGACCAACCACAGCUACGAGUCGGUGGAGGUGGUCCCCAAGCCCGCCAAUAAAAAGGAGAAGCAGAAACAGGCCAAGAAGGAAGCCAAGCAGGCCAAGAAGGAAGCCAAACGGGAGAGGAAACACUCAAAGGGGUCCAAGGGGGCUAAGGAGAAGGACAAGGAAGGCGAAGCCAAAGGAGCUGCGGGCGAAGACACAGUCUGGCAGCGACAAGAAUCACCCGAGGCUAACGGCAACAGCAACAACAACACCGAUCCGUCUGACGACUACGAAAACGUGGCUUUCCCUCUUCAAGAGACCAGGCUUUAGAGGUUCUACUCAAGGCAGAUCCUCAAUUUUGUCCCCCUGUCCGCAUCUUUCACCAUAGGGCUGAUUCACACUCAACAUGGUAAUGGUUUCUGCGUAGGGAAACAAAUUCUGCAUUUUGACCAUUCAAGGCAUGGGUGUGCAUGGCGUUGCAGAGCUUGGCCUUGAUGUUGCCCUGUAAACCUUUAAUUAGUUUGCGUAAAAAAAACUGGCAUGGUUUUCCGCCCCUGUGUAAAUGUAUCCUACCUUGCAAGUAUGCUCACUUCUGUGUAUUAAAGUUGGCCCUCGUAAUUAUGUUACAUCUCUUCGACAGUUUGAACGUCUUGCCAAAUUCCUCUCUGAGAAAAACCCUCUUGUGGGACACCACAAUGUUGUGGACAAAAUCUGCGGUGUUCAAUAGUCAAAUCUCUGUGUUUGAAAGUACAUGCCGUUGGUUUUUUAAUUUUAUUUUUUAAAGUAAAUCAUUCAUAACAAAAUCCUGGAAUAAGGUUUUUUUUUAAACUAAUGUGGAACUAGCCAGAGGUUCUGUAGUUGAGAGCCAAAAUCAAUGCCAUUUCAUUAUUUUUAAAUGUUAAAAAAAAUCUCAACAGAAUUUGUUUCAAAAAUAUUUUUGGAACGAUACGUUCUCUUGAAAAAAAUUUUCAGUACAGCUAUUUUACAGAACUGUCUGGGCACAGAGUAUGGCCAACUCACAGUUUUCAUAAUUUUUUUGGCCAUAACCAGUAAGUUUGUGAGAACAAAACAAAAGCAGAGCUGCCAAUGCUCCCUGAUUCUGCAGAAAGUUCCCUGAAAAUAAACUAAUCUUUCCAUGUUCUGAUGAACAAAUUUGAAAAUCUCCCUGAUUAUGGAAACUUUUUCCCUAUUAUGC